AGGUCUGACCCAGCUGCUUUUGAGUCCCGCCUGGAAAAGCGCAGUGAAUUUCGGAAGCAACCUGUGGGACGCUCCAGGCAAGGUGAUUUUAUCAAAUGUGUGGAGCAGAAGACAGAUGCCUUGGGGAAACAGCCUAUGAGCAGAGGAUUCACUAAGGACAAGACUCUCAGUUCAAUCUUUAACAUUGAGAUGGUAAAAGAGAAAACUGCAGAAGAAAUAAAACAGAUUUGGCAGCAGUAUUUUGCAGCAAAAGAUACAGUCUACGCAGUUAUUCCUGAAGAGAAGUUUGAUUUGAUGUGGAACCGAGCUCAGUCCUGUCCAACAUUUCUGUGUGCUCUACCAAGAAGGGAAGGUUAUGAGUUCUUUGUAGGACAAUGGACAGGUACUGAACUCCACUUCACUGCACUUAUAAAUAUUCAGACCCGAGGGGAUGCUGCAGCCAGCCAGUUGAUUUUAUAUCACUAUCCUGAACUUAAGGAAGAAAAGGGGAUAGUGCUGAUGACUGCAGAAAUGGAUUCCACAUUUCUGAAUGUUGCUGAGGCACAGUGCAUCGCCAGCCAAGUUCAGCUUUUCUAUGCCACUGAUCGGAAAGAGAUCUAUGGGUUAGUGGAGACCUUUAACCUCAGACCAAAUGAAUUCAAAUAUAUGUCUGUCAUUGCUGAAUUGGAGCAAAGCGGACUUGGAGCAGAGCUGAAAUGUGCCCAGAACCAAGAUAAGACUUAGAACUGUAAGGGUUGGCCCUUCACUGAGUUGGCUCAGCCCUGAAUAGUCCAGAGCCCACCCAUUCCUCAAGAACUCAAGAGCUCAGCAUCUAUAUAUAGAUAUAGAUAUAUAUUAUAUAUCUAUAAUGAGCAGUUACUACCAGUUACUACUAUACUGGUAGUAAUGAGUUGCCCUGUGUGCUUUCAUUGUGAAGAUGAGCCCUAUUACUUGAUAUGAAGGCACUCAAACAUUCUGAUCAUUAUCUCAGCAUUCUUGAGGUUUCCUUUUUAAUGUUUGAGGUUAUAGCAAGAGACAGCCAAGUGUCUACAGGAUGCUUGAUUUGAUUUUGUACAGUGUAACAGUGCAGUUGCAUUCUGGCCAUUUUGACCUCAUAGCUCCCAAAUGAUCUGUUUGUCAUCUUUAUGAACUUGUGACAGGAUAAUAAGCUUGAAGACCUGCUGUAGUUAAGUGUGGGCUUUAUAUACCCUUCCCUUGCACCAGUCAGCUGGCCAAAGGCAUAAGCCAAAUACCCUAUGUAGACACUAGAACAACCAGAUAUUCCCAUCAGGAUUAAGACUUCAUCUAGAUGUCCCCCCCUACCCCCACCCCAAGUUGCCUUUAGUGUAGGUGGCUUGGAAUAUCAGCAAAUUUCAGGUAUAGUUAGAUAAACAGGUACAGUGCCUGCAUAUUAUUAAACCAUAGUUUGUGGCAGCUGCUUCUCUAUCUCUGCCUAUGAGAGAAACUGUGUGUUUGAAGGGAUGAAGUACAAUGUAAAUAAAAUGCUUUUAUAAGGAAAAGAUCGAUCCAGACUUGCAUGACUUUUUAAAAACAACUCUAAGCAUUAUAUGAAAAAGUGGAUAGAAGCAAAUGUUCCCAGAUUGGAUGUGGGGAAAAUGUAUCAUUAAAAAAAAAAUAGUCUGACUUACAUUCUUUGUUACACAAAAUAAUGAAACCUAAGUGAUGUACUGUUCAUAGUGUCAGUGCUAUGGACUGGUUUUUAUCAAAACUCAUCUUGGGACUCAGCACUUGAUUGGAAAGCCAUAAAUAAAGUUGUUCUCCAGCACUGGAAACCCAUCUUGUGAUUCACCUUAUGAGCUCAGUGAUAGAGGAGUAUGGUGGCUACAUAUCAGCCUUCUGAACCCAAGGCCCCAGGUGCCCCAGUACUGUUGUCAACCGCCUUUACUAUGCCUUUCCUUUAUUGAUCUCACAUGCUGCACUUUGCUGCUCCUGCCUAAGAUCUGGGUGGAUGACACUGAAUGUGGUGAGAGGGAAUGUAAGCGGUAUUUGCAGUUUGUGCAUGUGUUUUCUUCAUGACAGAAGACUUUUUAUAGGUUGGGCCUGUCCUCAAGCUCUUUAAAUAGGAUUGGAUGGCAUACUAUAUUUCUGUGUGUGUUUGGUUGUACCUCAGAGUCUGUAUAGAGACAGACAGUAUUUGUUUAACCUGGAGAAGCUGUUACCCUCUCAGUUUCUCUAAAGGUUAAACAAUUUCCUAAUACAAAUUCUGGACCUGCCACUGGUCCUGAUAGUUCAUCUUUUGAGGAACUUGAGUCUCAUCAGCCCUACCAUCUUUCCUAAAUGCCCUCUGCCCUCUGACCUUCUGGAUUUUUUGGGUCCUGGGAAUCUUUGACAUCAAGUGGGAUUGCUUUUGUGAAUAUCCAGUUAUGUUUGCUUGUCUCUCCAGAUGGGCCCAGUUGUUAGCCAUAGUGCAUAUUAACAACUCCACCAGAGGGUGAAAAAAUGAUGGAAAAGAAGAAUGGCUACUUGUUAGCCCUCAGUCCCCACUUGCCAAGAAGGAUGUAGCCUUGGAAAAUUGUGUUGGAUGUGACUAAAGUACCACUGGCUGUUCUUUACAUUUAUUUACCUAGAAAAAUAUGGCAAAGAAGUAAAAGAAAACUGUAACAUUGAAUCAGCACAUUUAUCCCCUGGUACUAGCAUGGUGUUAUAGGAAGUGGACAGACUUUAGAGUUGAGUGAAUCUGGGUUUACAUGUCAAUGUUGCUAUUCAUUAGCUCUGUAAUGUUGAACAAAUGACUUCAACUCUCUGUUUUUAUCAUCUAUAAAAUUGGGAUAAUAAUAUCUACCUCAAAGGAUUAUUGUGAGAAUUAAAGUAAUUAUAUCUAGAUUACAGUAGAAUGUAAUAAAUGUUGACUCCCUUUUUCUUCCUCAACUUCCUGCCCCUCAUUAAAGACUCACACAGAUUAGCAUUUCAGACAUGCAGAUCAUUCUUCAUUCCAAUUAAAAGAACAAACCUUACUGGUUCUUACUUUAAGAUGCAAUAGAAUCACCUAGAGCACUUUAAAUGCAGAUUCCCAGGCCCCAGCCUCUCCCCCCCACCACAACCUGCUAACUCAGAAUGUGUGCAGAAAGCAUUAGGAAUCUACAUUUUAAUAUGUGCUCCAGAUGACUCUGAUGUAAGAAUUAGCCAGCUGCACUUUGAGAACCAUUGCCUUAUUUAUUCUUUAUAAAAAUGUACAUUAGCCAGGUCUUUCUUUUAUGUGGACACUAACCAUAGGAAAUAUAUUUAUUUAUCACUGUGUCUUUUUCCCCCCACUAGACUGUAAGCUCCUUGAGGGCCAGGAUCUCUCUCUAUUCCCAGUGCCAUAGAAGAUACUCCAUUGUUUGUUUAAUAAAUAUAUGACAUGAAUUUUAGCCAAAA